AUGGAAUUAGAUCUUCCCGCCAUUCUGCGGUCAGCGUAUGACCUCAAACUUCCUGCGGCAGAUCUAUCAGAUGUACUUACGGCACUUGUCGAAGAUUCUGAAAAUUUUUCACUUCCUGAAGGCGAAUUAGAUUAUGUAGCAGCAUUAUUGCACAAUUUUUACAGCUUAAACUCUCUUGCAAUUAAAGCAGACGUAUUAAAAAUAUUUUUAUCAAUAGAAAUGUCUCGAUCUGACUUAAUUGUUGAAAAAUAUCACGUUGACAUAAUUAUUGCAGAAUCAAUUGCACGACCAAGGCCUGAUCCUCCACCAAAAGUUGAUACAGAGAAAGCAGCAGCAUUUUCAUACAUAUAUUACUUACUAAAUUAUCAUAAUCUUAUACCGCGUACGGUAUUAACAGCUAUCAUUUCUUUGGUGCAGCAACCGGAUAAGUUCUAUGAGUCGCUUGCGAUUGCUUACCUUUGCGAUGCAAUUCUCUCAAUAGACAUGACUGACACAUUUCCAGAAAUUUUUCCAUUGAUUAUCAACUACAUUCAGGAAAAACAAUCCCCAGCAGUAUGUAGUCUUAUAACUUACGGUCUAGAGAACAGAUUUUCAGUGAUUUCCGAUCCAAAUACAUUAAGAGCUUUAAUUACACCAUAUGCCUACAUCGUUGACAAUAACUUCCCUCCCCAUGCUGCUGAUUCACUAUUAGCGAUCCUCCGUACAUGGCCUGGCUUAUUAAUUUUCGGAAUUAGAAACAAAGGAAUUAAAGAAUUGAUACAAUGCUUUGAACACUCACCUCCACGUGUUUCUAGUAUUAUAUCUAGUCUAAUUAAACCAUGUAUCCAAGCUCCAUCCCUCAUUUCCGGUUUUUGUGGAACAUUAAUUUACAUAAUUCAAAAUUCAGAACUUCCAAACAUUAUCCAUCUAUACACACAAACACAUAAUGAUGUGAAACGCUUAGGAAACAAUCUAAGAAUGAUUUUGAAAAAUGAUUUCGCAACGAAUGGCAAAUUUGCGAUUGCAAGAGCUUAUGAUUACUCGAACUCGACCACAUUUGCAGAGGAUAUUGCUUCUAUUGUCCCCGUUGUUGUUUCUCAGAAUCCAAAUGUCUGGGACUGGCAAUUGAUUAAGAAUUUCCUUACUUAUGUUAUCCCUUAUUCCUCAAACGAGACACUGAAUGUUCCCAAACAGUUUUAUACCAAUAUUUUGGAGUAUUUCGGAUCAAACUUCCUCACAUUAACUCAUCAGAAAGUUUUAACCGUUGCUCCAGUUAUGAUGUCUCUCAUUCGGUACCUCAUCAAGUUCCAAUGGGGAACAGAUAUCCUUGACCAAGACAAAACGUUCACAAGGAUCAUUCGAGCGGCAUUAUUGAAAGUCGCCUCGCCAAAGGCCAUCGAAUUCAUUUCUCCAAUAUGGAGCAUCAUAGAUAUGUUCGCUUUCUUACUCUCUAAUAAGAGCGGAGUUGGAAUUUUAAGUCGAUCCGGAUAUCUUGAUGAAAUUCUUGCAUUCGGGAACGAUCUCUCACAUCAAUACAAUUUCGAAAUGUUCUGCAGUAAGAUAACAUUUACCGAUGAAGCAAGUCUUACAAUUCCUGUUUUUUCGAAUAUUCUUCUGAAAGCUUCACGUCAAUUUCAUCAAAUCGCGCUCAAUAUUCUCAAAAAGAAGCGUGAACAGACUGAGGAUUAUGCAACCAAUGUCUUCCAAAAACUAAUUAUUCCAUAUGCUUUUACAUUAAAUCAGCUUGGUCAAGAAGAUAAACUUGCAGACGUUAUUCAUUUCAUAUGUGAUAUCGUUUCCGCGGACAAAACUGCGCUUUCUUUCUGUGCAAAUACGGAAGGAUUACAUCCGAUCUUUUCUAAGCGUUUCAGAUCACUUUACCCAUACAUUUUGUCACAUGAAAAUGCUCUAAAGUACCUCAAUCUCGAAGAAGAGAUAGAAUGGUGGAUCGGAGAAGGGAAAUCAUUUGUUGAAAGUUAUGAUGCAGCGUACGACUUUGCCUUUUCUGGCAAAGAAUAUACAUAUCCUGUACAUCUUUUUGGUGAGCUUGCGCAAACAAGAAAAGGUUGCGGAGCAAUUUCCGGAUUUAUUGAGAAAGUUUUUAACCAAAUUUUAUCAGAGGAUAUCGUAGAAAUACGCUCAGCAAUACUGGCAAUCGGAUACUUUGCUUCUUCUCCUUACGCGAACGCUUACAUUUCAUCGUCAAAUAUCGUUAAGCGUUUAAUAGAAUCGAUCUUGCCAACACCAUCACCAAUCCUUCUUGGAACACUCAUUGCAUCACUUUCCAUGUUCCAACGUACACAAGAUUUCAUUACAACCCUCGAAAGUCUGAAUUGGAAAGUUUUUUACUUUUCAAACCAAAGUUGCGUCAUUCCAAACGACUUUGAUGAAGUCCUUGUCCUAGAUUCACCCGUGAAAAAGAACAUUCAACAUGUUCCAAACAUUCCUGGAAAAGAGAAGAUCUGUAAUCUCAUCAAAGGUCUCUCGAACACAGUUGUUGGACAGGAUACAAUAGAUUUGAUCCAAGAAUACGAACCGAAAUCAGAUUUCAAGACGCCAAAUGUUCACGUAUUUGUCGGAAAAGUUCUCGGUGAAUAUGCAUUUUCUAUCGAUAGAAGAGAAAUCGUUGAGAAGAUAGUUUCGGGAUCAUCGUUAAUGGAACUCCCAGCAAAUAGGAUCAGUGCCAAAAGACUUGCAAUGGGUGCAGCAAUUGCGGCAUCAUGCAAAGUUACAUUCACUGCAAUAUCGCAGUAUAAAGUGCCUAAUAUUCCUCACGCGCAAAUUUCAAAGAAAGCCCCGCAACUACUGUAUCCUGAGGUUUACUUAAGCGAUGAUGACUUCCAGAAUGUGCUGGGAACAAGUAGAACAAGCUUUUACUUCAUGCCAGCAGCUCAGCAAACGAAGUUAAGACAAAAGAUAUUUGAUUCACCACCAUAA